GAAGGUAUAUAAGCAACGAAUAAUACAGAUAUGCAUAUAGUGAAAUAAUGGGUUGCGCUAGGAAUAUUUUCGCACUUAUAGCUUUGCUGGUAGUUAUAGGCGAGAUAUGUGGCCAGAUAAGCCAAGGCGGGCCUCAUCAAUCCCAAGGGGGUGCCCACGGACUCCAAGGCAGAUCUAGACGUCAAGUCGUUCAAGAUGGCGAGGAAAAUGUCGAACCUCUGAUAGUAGCUGCGUGUGAUAACAAUACUAUUCCUAGUAUAUCUUGCUACGAUUGUACCACCAGAUUGAUUUGUAAACCUAACAGCAUCGUUCUGGUAAAAUGUAGGGGAAAUGUUAGACCUUACUGCAACAAUGGAAUUUGCUCAUCUGUUCUUACCCCUGAGUGUGAAUAAUGAGAAGCGAAGUUUGAUGGUAUUAUACAAGAAAACUCGUAAUACCUUUGUCAUAUAAAUGUCCAAUUACAGAUCAAAAGUAAAGUGGAGACAAAACAAAAAGCAUACUUAGUUUUUGAUAAAUAAAUUUUGUUAAAUA